AUGGGCGGCGCCUACGAUGAGAUCGACCUAGAGGAUAUGGACUGGAACUCGGAGCUCGGCGCGUUCACGUACCAGUGCCCGUGCGGCGACCUCUUCCAGAUCACCCCCGAGGAGCUUCGCGCGGGCGAGGAGGUUGGCCACUGUCCGUCGUGCUCGUUGGUCAUCACGGUGGUUUACGACCCAGACGAGCUGAAGGAGCUGAUACCGGCGGGAAAUCGGGACGAGAGCGGGCGGUGGGUGGAGGCGGAGGAGUAG